CUUGGCAGUUUCUUCGUGGAAACGAAUAUCGGUACAGGCAUCGUGCCAUUUUCUCUCCACUGCAGCCCCCGACCUCCACCCUCCCCAAUCCCUGCACAUCGAGAACUUCCCCUGACCCUGCCCGUUCCGGCGACCGGCGGCGUCCGGCGGCAGUGCUGCCCCGACCUCCACCCUCCCCAAAUCCCUGUACAUCCAGUUUGGCUCUUCCCUGCAGAUCGACAACCCCCCCCGACCCUGCCCGUUCCGGCAACCGGCGGCGACAACGCGGGGAGUUCCCAGGACGAGUCCUCUGGAAGGGGUCUUCCAAUGUUGCCGUGCCCACGGUGCGGUGCUUCGCCAUUGACAUGGGGAGUGUGCGAGAACGGCAAGAACGCUGGAAAGGAGUUCUUCAAGUGCUGCAGGAACCUGAGCGAAUUUUCGCCAUGCAGGUUCUUCAUAUGGAAGGACACAUAUAUUGAGGACCUGAGGUCUUCGAGGAUAAUGGCAGCAGUUCCAUCUGGCGUCUUCGAAACCCAGAUUGAGUAUGCACCUGCUGUGGCGUUACCAUCAUCAGACAGCUUGGUGGAGGUGCUUAACCAUCUCCGUGAGAUGAAUGAGGGCAUAGCCGACAUAAGAGCAGGUGUAGCUGAGGCAAGAUCGGCGUACAAGGGUUUUUGCUCCGCCAAAAGGACGACCAGGAUCAUCGCGCUUACCCUGGUCGUUGUUUGGAUUGGCUGUGUCCUCGCUAAGUUUAUUCAGAUGUGAUUCUUAUUAUGGCAUGUCUGGCAGUAGUGCGCUUGCAAGAUGGAUCCAUGGCAAGGUUGACACGUGUCUUCCUGCUCUGGUGGCAGGCACAUGUCGUCAGGGCAAUGAUCACAUACUACAUACAAAGCCCCCUGCCACGUCAACAUCAGUGCAUCUGUGUUGUACUGCUUUGCUGGUGAUUUUCAGUUCGACCAACUGGAGCUUGCCAUCAUAUCAUGAAAUUUAAUCAAGGCCACGAAAAGACACGCCAGUUGCCAGCCAGCUCAUGGGUAAGAGCUCAGAGAGAGUGUGUUGGGGCAAGCAAAGAUGGCUAGGCAAGUACAUCUACCACUGCCAGUAGCUAGUACCUGCUCCACUGUCACUUAUCUCUCCCAUGCCACCUCAUUUACGAUAUAUGGGCCGUGCUAGCUAGUGUACGUACUUGUGCUGGCUAGCUCGAAGCAGCAAAUCAAUGGCCAAUAAAGGAUCGAUGCACAUGUCUCUUUCUCUA